CCCUUGCAUGUCAAGGUAAUGAGUCGAGCCUGUACGACUGUCCAUAUUAUUUAAGGACUCAUCAUCAGUGCAACCACAAGAAUGAUAUCAGUCUGACCUGCUCUGGGAAGAAUGGACCACGCUUGGUUGAUGGGAAGAGCAGAUGCUCUGGCCGUGUGGAAGUCCUGCACGGAGGCCAGUGGGGGACACUUUGUGAUGAAUACUUUAGCCUGGAAGAUGCUGCCGUGGUUUGUGAACAUCUACAGUGCGGAGCAGUAAAUGCAACUCCUAGAGGUGCUACCUUUAGCGAAGGAAAAGGACCAUUGUGGAAGGAUGACUACCGUUGUCUAGGGAACGAGACCCGAUUAACUGAUUGUCCAGUCUCAGCCUGGGGUCAGGUUAACUGUUCACAUUGGAAUGACGCUGGUCUCAUCUGCUCUGCUGAAAAGUGGUCUUUGAGACUGAGCGAUGGAGGAGGCCGCUGCGAUGGCCGAUUGGAAGUUUAUGAUAAUGGCACCUGGCAUAGAGUGCAGGAUAAAAUUUGGAACCUCAAUGAUGCAAAUGUUGUCUGUAGAGAACUGCGCUGCGGCUUCGCCACAUCCGUCUACAACUCCUCAAGGUACAGAGAAACUGCACGGCCCAUUCUGGUGACCGAAGGUCGAUGUGAUGGAAAUGAGACGUAUCUGCGAAACUGCAAAACUUCUUUCUUGCAAAGGUCUUCUGCUAACAUCACGGGCGUUGGUGUCCGGUGUUCAGACCACAUGCAGUUAAGGCUAUUCGGAAGUGAAGAUGCAUGUGCUGGAAGACUGGAGGUUUAUUACAAUGGAUCCUGGGGAACAGUCUGUGAUGACUCCUGGGAUCUGGUUAAUGCUAACGUGGUAUGUAGGCAACUAAGGUGUGGUUAUGCUUUGGAGAAAAAAAAAACUCUGAACUGUGGACGAAGCACUGGAGAAAUUUGGUUGGAUGAUGUGAGAUGUUCGGGUAAUGAAAAGUAUCUCUGGACAUGUCCUUCGGCGCUGUGGGGCUAUCAUGACUGCAGCCAUAAAGAAGAUGUGACAGUGGAGUGUUCCGAACACAAAGAGAUGCGCCUUGUGAAAGGAAAACACAGCUGCGAAGGGAGAGUGGAAGUGCGGUACCAUGGGAGAUGGGGAACAGUUUGUUCCGAAGAACUGGAUAGUAAAGCUGCGAAUGUGAUCUGCAAGCAAAUGAACUGCGGAACCUUGGAAUCUAUCGACUAUUACUCCCAGAAAUACGAAAAAGGAUCUGAUCCAAUAUGGCUGGAUGGAAUAAAAUGUCUCUCGUACGAGUCGACUCUUUGGCAGUGUCAUGCAAAACCUUGGGGGAAACACGACUGUCAAUAUAACUCACAUGCAGGUGUUGAAUGUAAAGAGGCCAAAAAACCGGACCGGUCCAAUGUAAAGGUUUGCAAAGCACGCAAUAUAUCUCAACCUGUUUAUGCAGCAGAACCAACGUUGCGCGUUUCUGGCGGCAACACCAAUUGCUCUGGAAGGUUGGAGAUAAAGUUCAAUAAUAUCUGGGGCACGAUCUGUGAUGAUUCCUGGGAUCUGGCCGAUGCCAAUGUGGCGUGCAGGCAGUUGGGUUGUGGCUCUGCCCUUUUGACUGGAGUGCCGGAUAAAAUUAUCCAGGACGUCGGCGAUCUUUGGUUGGACGAAGUGAAAUGCAAAGGAAGUGAAUCUUUCCUGUCCAGUUGUCCUUCCUCUCCACUCGGUCAGCAUGACUGUGAUCAUAAGGAAGAUGUCUUUGUUGUUUGUUCAGUAUUGGAAAACAGGUUCUCCUCCAUCUUCUUUGCUGUCUGCGUGACGUUUGGAAUCGUUGUCGUGGGCGAGUUAUUCUCAAUGAUAGUGAUAAAGCGGAGAAGAGGCAAGAUUCAAGCUUUAAAUUUAAUUAUUAUUGCUCGGAAUAAUAUUUCAAAUUUUGUUGAGUAA